CGCCGGGUUUAUUUUAACCCUAAUAUUUUAAAGAAAUAUAUUCCGAAAGAAGGUAAAUUCCCCUCCUCCGAGGUUAGACGUAAGUCCCUCGAUCCUAACGACUUUUAUAGUCCCGAUUUCCAAGGAGCCGCUUCCUAUACUAUUAAUAUCGAUGAUAAUAAUAAUAAAUUCGACCUAUCGGGUUUAACUCCCGAAGAGCUAUAUAAAUAUUAUUUCGAUUAUGUUUAA